UUUUGUGUUUGCUGAGGAACUCUUGGUCCUGCUUAGGAGCCACCCUACCCCAUCAUCUCACCAAUUCUAUCUCCCAACCAAAUUCCAAAGCCCCAAAAAAAACACAAAUCCCAAUUUUCAAAGGUACAAAGAAAGUGUAACAAACAACCAGAGAGACACAACACAACACAUAAAAUCAAACUUAAAAUACUCUCUCACACCCCAAAAACACACACACUCUGUUCUGUUCUGUUCUGUUCUGUCAUAAACUAUGGAUUUUUGGACUUCUUCUCUCCCUCUUGAUGAUGAAUUUGAAAAGCUUGUAAUUCGUAUGAAUCCACCAAGAGUAACUGUGGAUAAUACUUCAAGCAGAACAACAACUUUGAUAAAGGUUGAUAGUGCUAAUAAACGUGGUAGUUUGUUGGAAGUUGUUCAAGUUCUUACUGAUAUGAAUCUCAUUGUUAGAAGAGCUUAUAUUUCAUCUGAUGGUGGAUGGUUUAUGGAUGUUUUUCAUGUUACUGAUCAAAAUGGGAAAAAGAUUCUUCAAGAAGAUGUUGCUGAUAGAAUUCAACAGUCACUCGGUCCAAGAGUCCGUAGCUUUCGAUCCGUGAGAAGAUCUGUCGGUGUUCAAGCUGCUGCGGAACAUACAACGAUAGAGCUAACAGGACGAGAUAGACCAGGAUUGCUUUCAGAAGUCUUUGCAAUUCUUGCUGACCUCAAAUGCAAUGUGGUAGCAGCUGAAGUCUGGACACACAAUUCAAGAAUGGCGUCUGUCGUUUACAUCACCGACGACACAACAGGAUUGCCUAUCGACAAUCCUGACCGCCUUGCCAAGAUUAAGCAUCUUCUGCUUUAUGUGCUGAGAGGAGACAUUGACAAGAAGAAUGCAAACACUGCUGUUUCGUUUUGUUCGACUCACAAGGAUAGGAGGCUGCAUCAAUUGAUGUAUGCUGAUCGCGAUUAUGACAUAUAUGAUGGAGAUUAUUCUUGCUCAACAAAUGAUAGAAACAAGCUCAAUGUAACUGUUGAUGAUUGCAUUGAUAAGGGAUAUACCGUCGUGAAUUUGAGGUGUCCAGAUCGACCGAAGUUACUAUUCGAUACUGUGUGUACUAUCACAGACAUGCAGUAUGUUGUGUACCAUGGAACUGUCAAUGCUGAAGGACCAGAAGCAUAUCAGGAAUAUUAUAUAAGGCAUGUGGAUGGAUAUCCAAUAAGUUCUGAAGCAGAAAGGCAAAGAGUGAUUCACUGCUUGGAAGCUGCUGUCCGAAGGCGAACUUCUGAGGGCGUAAAGCUAGAACUUUCUGGUGAAGACCGAGUUGGUCUUUUGUCUGAUGUAACUCGCAUCUUUAGAGAAAACGGCCUUUCAGUUUGCCGCGCUGAGGUCACGACAAGAGGUUCCCAAGCCAUGAAUGUUUUCUAUGUCACUGAUGUGUCCGGAAAUCCAGUUAAGAGUGAAACAAUCGAGGCUGUUCGAAAAGAGAUCGGGUUGACUAUACUGCGUGUAAAAGACGAUCCAUGCUUAAAGUCUCCUACUCGGGAGAGUGGGAAAUUCUCUUUACGUGAUCUCGUUAGGUCGAGAUCCGAGAGGUUUCUUUACAAUCUAGGUCUGAUGAAGUCUAGUUCUUGAAGUAUCAAUAAUGUCGUGUUUGUGAAUAGUAGCUUUUAGUUUCAACUAGAAGUUAGACUGCUUUGAAACCUCACAUUGUAGUGUUUUAUGGUUGAUCUUUCUAGAUUUGGUUUCAUUUUAUGUUGUUUAAAGAUUUUAGAUUGUAGAGUUUUAUCUAGGCAUGUUUAAUUGGGAAUUUGUAUAUUAAUGUGUCUGUGUCAUAUACUUGUUGUCUCUAAGCAUUGUCAACACACACAGCACCAAAAGUUUGAAAUAAGCUUCUCAAUGAAAAAGAGAAAUUAACUGCAAA